AUGCUUUUAUAUGUGUUUCGUCAGUAUACUCAAUUAUGCUUACACAAUAACAAUCGUUAUAACUGUGUUGUGGAUGAAUUAGAAACUGAUGAGUCAUUUCCUAUUUUACCAAGUCAAACGGGUUGGUGUAAAGUAUAUAAACUACGUCCAUUACUUGCCAAUAACAGACAUAAACGUGGUCUAGCAUUAGAUGGUAAAUUAAAACAUGAAGAUACUAAUCUAGCUUCAUCCACAAUUAUAUGCAAUCCGAACCAUAAAGAAAAUCUUGGCAUGACUGUUCAGUAUCGUGUAAAAGUUCGAUUAGUAUUAGGAUUCGUGUCAAGUGAUGUCAGCGUGGAACUUCCAUUUACACUAACUCAUCCAAAACCUGAUUCAGAUGUCAAUGGUACUUCAUCAAAACUAGUUAUUGAUGAUGAUAAUGAUAUUCUUCAUCCUUUGUUAUCUGGAUCUGAUGAUAGACUAAAACAUAAUCAGCAUAUUUUGCAACAAUCCCAGUUUUAUUCAAACGAACAAUGUUCAUCUGACCGUAAUGUAAAUAUUACAGAUGAUUUAAUUAAAUUGGAUGAUGGAUAA